AUGGCCGACGUGGAUUUGGAGCAGCUCUCGCCGAGCCAGCAGGAAGCCUUGCAACAGUAUGUGCAAGUGACGAACCAGGACACAGCAGAUGCGGUCAAGAUCUUAGAGAGAUCCCAAUGGAGCGUUCAGAUCGCCAUCGCCAAGUUCUUCGACGGCGAGGAGGCAGACCCUGUGGCGGAAGCCGCCGCCGCCGCUACCGCCCAUGACAUCCCCCGCGAAUCGGCGAGACUCGAAAAUCUCCAGGAAAGCCUCCUGGCGUCCGAAGUGCGGUCUUCACGCGCACCAAGAAGAAGCCGCACCGAUGUGGCACCCAGAAUCGUCCCGCAACAGCCCAUCACCCGACGGCCACACUGGCUGAUUGGGCUCUUGCUCACGCCGUUUGGCUGGGGCUGGUCUGCCGCCUCGACGAUAUUCCGAACGCUAUUCUACGUCCUCUCUUUUCUCCCGGCUCCCUUGCGCCCCCGAGCUAUCACACAGGGUCUGGCGACGGGUUUCAAGGGAACUAAUGGCCGACGGAUGUUGAUGCCGCGGGAUACGGCAGCACGAUUCAAGAGAGAGUUUGAUGAGGAGUACGGGGCCAACGAAGUGCCAUUUUUCGAGGGAGGACUGGCGCAGGCACACGACCUUGCAAAGAAGGAGCUCAAGUUUCUCUUGGUUAUUCUCAUGUCGCCCGAGCACGACGAAACCGAAUCCUUUGUCAAGGAAACGCUCCUGAACCCCGACGUGGUCAAUUAUAUUAAGGACCCUACGAAUAAUAUUAUCCUGUGGGGUGGUAAUGUCCUCGACUCGGAGGCAUACCAAGUCGCAACCGAGUAUAGCUGCACGAAAUUUCCCUUUACGGCUGUUGUAUGUCUUACACCCAAGGAAGGAAGCACAAGGAUGGGAAUUGUGAAGCGGCUUGUUGGUCCGAUGCCGGCAGAGACAUACCUGUCCGAGAUCCAAGGCGCAAUGGAGCGAUAUGGUGCGGAUCUCAACGGGGUGCGUGCGGAGCGUGUUGCUCAAGAGGUGGCUAGAAACCUACGGACUGAGCAGGACUCCGCCUACGAGAGGUCUCUGGCGAUCGACCGAGAACGGGCCCGCCAGAAGAGAGAGGCAGCCGCUGCUGCGGAAGCGGCGGAGAAGAAAGCGCUGGAAGAGGCCGAGGCCGCAGAAGUGCGAGAGCAAAAGCGACAGCAGUGGAAGGCAUGGAGAUCGCAGAGAAUCACGGCAGAGCCACCGACAAGCGAAAAGAACGUCGUGCGCGUGGCACUCAAGAUGCCAGAGGACACCGGAGUCGGACGCAUCACCCGGAGGUUCCCCCAGGACGCACCAAUGGAGGAGCUCUAUGCUUUUGUGGAGUGCUACGAUGUGCUGAGCAGUGAGGAGGUCAGCGAGAAGGAAGUGACCGACCCGCCGGAGGACUACGAGCACGAAUACAGAUUCAGGAUCGCAUCAACGCUGCCGCGAGAGGUUUAUGAACCAAGCACAGCGGCGACAAUGGGCCAGAAGAUUGGCAGGUCGGGUAACCUGAUAGUGGAGGAGGAAGUCACAGGGGAUUCAGACGAUGAGACUGAUGAGGAGGACGAGGAGGAAGACCAGGUGGCUGGGGAUAGGUGA